CUUUUGCACGAUAUUCUAAUUUUUCGAGUUUCACCUGUAUGUAUUUUUGAAUUGAGGAUAUUUGUGCAGAGAUGCUGAUUCAUAUUUGCAAUCUAUAAUUAAUACUUAUUUCAAACUUGGCAGAAAAAGUCCAAGAUCUCUGCAUCCCGGAAGCUGAUGCUAAAGAGUCUUUUGGUAGCUAAAGCAAAGGACGAGUUAGAGCAUGAACUGGCAGAUAAAGAGGCAGAGAAGGAGAGAUAUCUGACUGAUAAAGCUCCACCACUACAGACCAGUGGAAUGUCUUUUGCUGAGCUUCAAGAACUGUGUCAAGAACUUCACACUAAAAUUGACGUUGUGGACGAGGAGCGCUACAACAUUGAAGCAAAAGUGCAACUUAACACAAGAGAAAUCAAGGAUUUGAACAUUAAAGUUCUGGAUCUGAGGGGCAAAUUUAAACGGCCCACUUUGAGAAGAGUGAGAGUCUCAGCUGACGCCAUCCUGCGCUCUUUAUUGGGCUCCAAACACAAGGUGUCCAUGGACCUGAGAGCCAACCUAAAGUCUGUGAAGAAGGAGGACACAGAGAAGGAAAAGACAGCAGAGGUCAGCGACUGGAGGAAAAAUGUGGAGGCCAUGUCUGGAAUGGAGGGAAGAAAGAAAAUGUUUGAUGCAGCACAAUAACAAGAAAUGAGGAUGAGCGGAAGUUCAAAACAGGUGAUAAUGCUGGCAAAGUAAAAUAUACAACAUUUUGUUAAUAUUCCAACCCUCAUAAAAACAAUAAAAGAAUGCAAUAAAACACAAUAUUUUUAUUAAAUAACUAGUCCAUUUGUUCUGUAAAUCUCUACAAACCAAGCCUUGUUAAGGUGGCAAUGUGAAAAGUCUCAUCAACAUUGUUCUGUUAAUAAAAGGUGUAAUCUUCAGAAAGCCAUGAUUUGAUUUCUCAUUUGAAUAUGAAACAUAUGAACAUGUUUUUUUUUUUCUUUCUUUUUUGAACAAUGAAAAUGUAAAAAGCAAGAUGAUAAAAUAAACCAGAAAUGUAACCCCUUUCAGACAUUUUAAUUUGG